GCCUUGUAUGAUUAAUUUGGAGGAAAAUUGAUUUUCAGAGAGUAAGAAAUCUUUCAGUAAAUCUCUAGCCCAAACCAAAGGGCUUUUGUAUAUUUUCCUUCUUUUGAACACACAUCUUGUGUACAAUAUACAAGGAAUGCACUAUGACAUCCCAACUUCUGGAACCCUUACACUGCCAUGUGGUAGUGUGCACCACACUGAGACAUGUUCUUUUAGGGAAGGGUAUUUCUCAGCAAAAGUUAAGAGCAGAGGAGAGUGCCCUGUCAGAGUCUCUUUAAAGCAGCCCUUUGAUUACCAUAGCUCCACCCAGUGCUUAUCCAGUUACCAGUCCCUCCUCAGCUAUUGGAUGAGUGUUCCUAAUCAUGCAAGGUAGUGAAUCCCUGGGGGGGUGGGGCUGGGUCUGAAAGAACUCCUUUGGCAGGCAGAAUAGAGGUUUUAUUGAGGAUAUUUCUAAACUAACCAUCAGGGACUAAGUCACUGGAUUGUAAAAAAAAAAAAAAAAUAGAGCCGAAUCACUCUGCUCCCUCUCCUUUUUUCUCUCUCUCACUCUGUUCAUUUCAGUGAGCGGCACAGAGCACAGCAGCUCUUGAGCACCCAGCAGCACACAGAAUGCAAGGAAUCUAUCCCCUUGUUAUAGACCAACAACCCAAGUACCAGGGUUGAGAGAAGAUCUUAGAGGAAACUAAGGGUGGUAUUAGAACCCAAAAGAGGAAAAUUACAGAAACGGAGAAGAAAAACAAGGAGGAUCAUUGGUUGAGCAUUUGACACUGGGGUUUAGAGUUGUCUUGUUGCCCUCUCUGAGUGUCCUGGAUCUCAGUCCUCUCCUCUCCAUCCCUGUGCAGACAAGGUCAUGCGGUGGCUAAGGAGACUGGUGCUCUCCAUGUGCAUGUUUCUUAUUUUGCUUCAUGGCGUGGAGCUGGCUGUACCCCUGGAGGAGUUCUACCCAUUUGGCCUGGAUGAAGGUGACUCCCAGACCAUCGAGCAAGAUGAUGGAGGAUCAGGACUGGUAGCGAUCUCUGUGGCUUUCCCUUUCUUCGGAGAACAGCACAUUGGACUCUAUGUCAACAACAAUGGCCUGGUGUCUUUCCUGAGGGAGGUGUCCCAGUUCACCCCUGUAGCAUUCCCCAUUGCUGGAGACCGCAGGGUGGUGGCUCCAUUCUGGGCAGAUGUAGACAACCGACGGGCAGGAAAAGUUUUUUAUCGAGAGAGCAAACAUCCUGCCAUCCUGAGAAAAGCCACUGCAGACAUUAAUCGUUACUUUCCUGAAUUCCCUAUGUUUGUCACUACAUGGGUGCUGAUUGCUACCUGGCAUCAAGUCACAUUUUUUGGUGGCAGCUCAAUAACUCCGGUCAACACAUUUCAGGUAGUUCUCAUUACCGAUGGUGAGCUCUCCUUCACCAUCUUCCAGUACCACAAUAUUUCUUGGACAACAGGGAUGCAUGCUACCAGCGGUGGUGACCUAGCAGGCUUGGGAGGCAUAGCUGCACAGGCAGGUUUUAAUGCUGGCGAUGGGAGGCGCUAUUUCAAUAUCCCUGGCUCUCGGACAGAUGAUAUUGUUGAAGUUGAAACCACCACAAAUGUGGGCUAUCCUGGUCGUUGGGUCUUUCGUAUUGAUGAUUCUCAGGUGCAAGUGGGCAGCUGCAAUGAUUCAGCUUCGGUCUGUGCUAACUUAAGGCCUUGUCAAAAUGGUGGCUGCUGCAUUGACGACUGCAUCACUGGAAAUCCCUCUUUCACUUGCUCGUGUUUGGCUGGCUUCACUGGACGCAGGUGCCAGAUAGAGGUUGAUGAGUGCUCUUCAUACCCCUGUCAGAAUGGAGGCACAUGUGUGGACAAGAUCAACCACUUCAUCUGCCUAUGUCCAGUGGGAUUCAUAGGGACCACAUGUGAGACAGACAUAGAUGAGUGCCAAGAGACCCCAUGCCUCAAUGGAGCACAGUGCAUACAGGGUGUCGGCAACUUCACCUGUGUAUGCCAAGCAGGUUACACUGGGUUCCUAUGCGAGUCAGAUAUCAAUGAAUGUGCAUCCACGCCAUGUUUGAAUGGAGGUGUAUGUGAAGACCUGGUGAAUAACUACACCUGCGCCUGUACAACAAACUUCACUGGAAGCCACUGUGAGACAGAGUUAGUUGUCAUGGAAAAUUCCUCUACUACUGAUGCUGCAAAUCAGACAGUUUCCUGCGAUGGAGAGAAUUGUGAAAAGCGUCAAAUCUGCGAGUAUAUUGGCUCUGGAAACUACAACUGCACCUGCACCCCAGGUUACUACGGUGACGACUGUGAAGAGGAGUGUCCCUGUCAGAACGGAGGGGUUUGUGUUGAUGUGAAUGGCACCUGUGAAUGUCCAACAGGCUUCACUGGACUCUACUGUCAGUUUGAGGUAACACAAACACCCUGUAGUAACAACCGACCGUGUCCGGAUGGAGGUCCAUGCUUAGAGUAUGGCGGCACAUACCUCUGCACCUGCCAAACUGGUGUUGACUUUGAUCACAAGGACUUCUACCCAUAUGUACAGCCCCGAUCAGCCUGCGAUUCCUUACCGUGUCAGAAUGGAGGCUAUUGCUAUGAGAGAGAUGGAGGCUAUAUUUGUGAGUGCAAGCAUGGCUACAGAGGCAAGCAUUGUGAAAGAGUCAGAUUAAGUAUCUGUGCCUCUAGUCCCUGUCGUAAUGGAGGCACUUGUAAAGAAGAAGCUGACAGCUACCGAUGUGUCUGUCCCUACCGUUUCACAGGGAAACACUGUGAAGUGGGAAAGCCAGAUCCUUGUGCUUCCAGUCCCUGCCUGAAUGGCGGAACAUGUUUCCACUACAUUGGUAAAUACAAAUGUGAGUGCUCCGCAUCCUUCGUAGGAAGACACUGCGAGAUCAACAGAGGAUCCAAUCCGACUUUGGAGGGUCUGGACUGUGGCCACCCUGUGAAAGUCAAGCACGCAGAGGUGCAGUAUUCCUCCACUACCCCAGGCUCGAUGGCUCUGUAUUCAUGCCACCCAGGCUACACUCCCCUUCCCAGGGCCACCCAGAGCAUCUGCAGCAGCCAGGGGUCCUGGAGCCAGCCUCCAGUCUGUGAAGAGAUAAACGAGUGUUUGUCUCAGCCAUGUAUGAAUGGGGGAACUUGCCGUGAUAGGGUAGCCUCCUACCUGUGUGAAUGUGAAGAUGGUUUUAGUGGCCAGCGCUGUCAAACAGAUAUUGAUGAAUGCCUUUCCGAGCCAUGUAAGCACGGAGGUACUUGUGAGGAUCAGCCUGGUUCUUACUUCUGUCACUGCCAGCAGGGCUAUGCCGGGCAGGACUGUGAGAUAGAACAGGAUGGAUGUGAGCCAAAUCCUUGCUUGAAUGGAGGCGUAUGCCGAGGCUACAGGAGGAACCACCUGUGUGUGUGUAAAGAGGGUUAUGUUGGAGACCGCUGCCAGACAUUGGAGAACCCGUGUGUCCUGCAGCCGUGCGGGAACCGAGGCGUCUGUUGGAGUGAUAGAAGGGGGAACUACAGCUGCGCCUGCAGGGUGGGCCACACAGGGAGAGACUGUGAGAGAGACCUGUUGCCUCCAUCUGGCCUGCAUGUGUUGCGGGUAGAAGAAAAUGAAGUCGAGUUACGCUGGGAUCAGUCAGAUGCCACUCAGAAUUUAAUCAGCGGCUUUGCUGUUGCCUAUGCUCCUAUUGGUCGUGGACCAAGGAAGACAGACUUCCUGGAGAAGCAGCAUUCUACCUAUGUACUACAGGGCCUGAACCCCGGACAGCUUUACAACAUCUCCACGUUCUCCGUCAAACGCAACACCAACAGUAACGACAUAAGCCAGCCAGCUUUCGCUCUCAUCCGCACUAGGCCACGUAAGGUGGAACAGCUGGAGGUAGUGGAUGUGUCGUCCUCUCAGGUAUGGCUGAGGUGGCUGGUGCAUGUUGGCCGACAUGCAGCGGUCAGUCAGGUUCGGGUGUCUCUGGUGCCUGCAGAUGGAAGUGGACCUCGCACAGCCGUGCUCAAUAGCAGCGUCACAGAGUACUCCUUCAGCACAUUGCUCCCAGGUCAGAUGUAUACAGUAGAUGUAGUCACACAGAGUGGUUUGCGCCCUGAAGACCUGCCAUCAACAAGCAAAUCUGCUGGGCCACUGCAUUUCUGGACCAGACCGCUUCCACCUCAGAACCUUUCACUCUCCCACAUCACUAUCACAUCUGCUCGAAUCACAUGGGACCAUCAUCCUCGGAAUCUUCCAGACGGUUUUGUGGUCAAUAUUACUCACGGCCUGAGCACCCGUAGCCGCUACCUACCUGAUGGAAGUUUAGGGACUUAUACACUACGAGACCUCACUCCAGGACAACAUUACCGACUUGCCCUCACUGCAGUGCGCAAAACGGGCCAAGACAACAUUCAGAGCGUCCCUCAACACCUAGCCUUCACCACACUACCAGUUCCAAAGGGCCAAAGCAGAGGUGAGAGACCUAAGGGAGGACAGGACUCCCAGACAGGACAGACCUUGACACAAGUUCAAGAUGGAGGCACAGAUGACCACACAGAACUCCUUGAAGAGCCACAAAGAUAUACAGAGCUAAUUGACGGAAGAGGGAGAAUUACAGCUAAAUUUACCAACCUUCCACAAAAAACCAUCAGACACCGCACAAAGCCUGAACCUCCAAUCAAAUUAGAAAAGAUGGAAGAAACCACCAAUAAGAUAAGUCUAGCUCUGGAAAUUCCUGAAGAAGCGACAAAGAGUAAAUCUGAGUCAUCCCAAGACUGCAGAACUCAGCCCUGCCAGAAUGGAGGAACAUGUGUGCAGAUCAACGAGUCACUCAGCUGCAACUGUGCCGCUGGUUUCAAGGGCAGACGGUGUGAGCUAUAUUGUCAGCGAGUAUCUCACCCAUGUACUCGCCUUUACUCCGAAACAAAGAGUGUGCCUGUGUGGGAGGAUGGUGUCUGCCAUUAUUUGUACAAAAGGACAUAUAAAGUUCAGCAGGAUGUUUGUUUUAGAGAGAUCUGUGAGCCUUUGCUGCCUAAGAAAGUACUGCCUAAGACUCCAAACAGAAGAACUCAAAAACAACAACAAUAGUGGAGGCUGAACCAAUGAUAACUUUGGGGAGUAACUGCUUCUCUCAGUCUUAGUUUAAAUGAGGAUGCAUUACCGUCAUUGUUCACCCUUUUUUGCAUCACUGGUCACAUUUCAUUGGCUUCAUUGUCCUAUGGACGUUUAUUUGUUCAUUUACAGCUCCAGGGCCGUAUUCAUGCAAAUUCUUUGUGCAAAGAGUGGCUCUUAGUGACAAAAUUCUAAGAAAGUUUCCCCUUAAAAUUAAAGAGAAGAUCCUAGUAAAGAUAAAAGUUAUUCACAAAGCUUUUUUAAAGAGCUCUUAAGGUCAAAAGGUGUUAGAAGAAUACGGAGUAGGACUUUUAAGUCACUGUCAUCCAUUGUCUCCAACACAUUUCUUCUCCCUCUUCGUCUUUUGGCCAUUUUCUCCUCUGCUAAAGAAACUCUGAAGGUUCUUAAUUAUAUGCUAGAUUAGAUCAUGUUUGUGACCCAUCUUAUUAGAGACAUGACAACUAUAUAUACAGUCCUUAACAGAUUUAUUAAACCACCACCCAAUGUAGGGUUUGCCCCACAGCUGCCCUAAACUAACAGUAUUGAUGAUUGCCAAAAUUAUUUUUUAUUUUUCUGUAAUGAUUAAUCCACCGGUAUGUGUAAGCUCUUUAGUCACAGUAGUAUUUCUAAUGCUAAAAUAGAAUUAUUGCUGGGAUUUAAUGGAUUCAAAGAUAGAUCACACAACAGUUUCAUCAAAAGCAAGUCUUUGGGAACAGCUAGAAACUAUUUGGAAGUCAGUAACAACAGAGAUUGUGGAAAAGUAUAUAAAAACAAUGGCAGCAAGAAUGCAAGCUGUUUUCAAGGCGAAAGGAGGCCAUAUAAAAUAAAAAAAUUUUUUUUUUUUUUUGCUUUUUGCCAUUAUGUGUGAAUACUAGAAUAAUAGAAGACUAUUUAGUUGUUUCAGUUUAUUUGCCCAAUAAAUGAAUAUUUUUAGUUUUGAAAAAGUUUUUGACAGAUUCCUAAAAAAAAAAUUGUUCUUACUUUAUUAUGACAGGUGGUCUAAUAAAUUUUUGUGUGUGUGUAUGUAUAUAUAUAUGUAAUUAUGUAACUGUAAUUUCAAAGUGAAGGCUUAUAAUAGACCCUAUUUAAAUGUUUUUUUUUCUUCUUCUUUUACAACCAAUCACAGUCUUCAGAAGAAUGUGUUGUACCUAGCAACGGGGCAGCCCCACCUCCUCACUAAGAUGAAAGUUUUUGUCUCAGAAUUGCUCUCAGAUUGGUCCUGAAUGGCCCUUAAGCUACGAUUCUUUGUUGGAAAUUUUUUUAACGAAUUACGAGCUUUCUGAGAGGAUUCAGAAGAAUACGGGCCGAGAUCUGUAGAUGACCUUGACCAUAUGAUUUAGGAGUUAUCUGCAUCAAAUAGCAUACCUCAAAUGUAAAUAUUAUGUGAUUUUGACAUGUAGUGGCCGUCAAGUCCCUCAGGGAAUUUUUUGCCUGUUCAGUUUUUUUGCCUAUUGCCUGAAUUGCCUGUUCAGUCUCCAGAAGCUACAAGUAUUUUCAUUCAACCAUUCAUUCAAACCUGGUUCUCUCCUACAGCAAAUUCAUACAAAAUACUGGGGGAAAAAAAUGUCAUACCAUUGUUUCUGUUUGUGUAAAGGAAAACUGUCUGCUAGCUACCAUGUAAAUAGUGUUUAUAGUCUGUUUUUGUAGUUUAAUAUUUUAAUAAUAAAAAUGUUAAAACUU